UAACAACGAAAGUGAAUCCAGGAAAAGCUUGCCGGAUACGCAGCUUAGCUGCUAUAUCAUUACCGACAAUGUCACGUUUCGUGCUGCGACGCAUCUUCGCAAGCCUGCACGAACAGCCGCCGCCAAUCUCGCGGCGCGUCUUCUCGAGCUCGCACCAAAAGCCGCUGCCAAAACCGCAGCCAAGUACGAAUAACAAUCCGUUAAAGAGUUCUCGACCCAAUUCUCAAAGUUCCAUUACCCGAAACGCAUCGCUUCUUCGCGCCAUGGCGAACACGGCCCACAUGGACCUUCUCACCUUCUUUUAUCCUAUCGGCAACACCCCCGCUGUAUCCUUGACCCGGGACAUUCCUCGCGAAACGAAGGCCAAUGUGUUGUCCCUGGGAUGUGGAGAUGCGCGCAACAUACUCUACACAACGCACGUCGCUGGAAGUACGAGCCCGAUGGAUAUCACCUGCUGCGAUAUAGAAAGCUUGGUCAUUACACGUAACAUCCUUCUGUUCACCCUCAUUCUCGACUACGGUGGAAACCGUAUCAAGGACAUUUGGGACAUCUACUACCACUUAUUCAUCGGCCCCAAAGCACUGGCCCUUCUCGAAAGUCAAACUACAAGACUCCUGGCAGUCUCGGAUUCUUUGGAGAGCUGGCAUGCCAGCAACUACGGCAAGCGUCUCCGCUUUUGCGACAGCAGUAGUUUUUUCCGAAGUGAAAAAGAUUUGGAGCAAUCUUUUGAUCAAAUCCAGAGAGCAAAGGACCUCCGGCACUAUUAUAUCGGGGAAAAGUUCGUCUUCACAGGCAUGCGGUCCGCUGCACCCUUGAAUCGCGAGGCUGUUCAAGAUCUUGCAAAACAACACAAGCACUUUUGGGACACUGGCAGUACCGACAAGCCCAAUGCGAACAGCGCAGCUAUGCCGAACCCCAUGUUCACAUCUCAACUAAACAAGUCUUCCAUACUUCACUACGGUACCGAUCCACUCCUUGGAUUCCACUUGGCCACAGCCUAUGCGUCGCUGGUUCCACAGCCCACCUCAGACCCACAUGCACAUGCCUUUCUCCAGUCUUCGGCGCACAACCUGGUACGAGCAGCUCGACAGCAAUUUCAAGCUUGGUGCAAGUCUUUCAGGAAACAUGCUGGCAUAAUGGUUUUACGGUUCUUUGUUGGGGAAGCACUAGCAUUUUGCCAUGCCUUGCAGCAAAGAAAGAAGGGAAUCGCAGUCGGUCCGUAUCGGAAGCCUGGAACGUUCGAGACCAUCUUGCUUAACAGCGAAGACUAUCUCCCUGUUGUCACCGCACCUAUGUCUUUUAGUGUUAUUAACACGUCCAACCUUGUUGAUCACGUCGGGGCCAUUAACCUUCUCAUUGCUACUUCGCCGUUGCUGGAUGACAAUCUCUUUGCAACUUUGUAUACUGAAUCUCUGGUGAACCAAGAGAAGGACCACAGUACUUUAGCUGAAAGCUUUCUUUGCGGCAAUGUCUCGACCAUGUCUGUGCUCCUGGGAAUCUUUCCAACCGAUUACUGGACAAAUGUCGUUCCAAUAUCGACAGCCGACGAGGCCAUUUUAAACACCGCGAGGCGCAGGCUCGGAGACAAACUUUCUAGUGACUACAUAUACAGCAGGCUCUCAUAG